UGCUCGUUGUGUGCGUGUUCUGAGGCGCAGGACGCAGGCGAGUGGGAAGCAUUUUGGAGCAGUGACAAGACAUACGCGCUGCCGGAUUAUCCCCGGAACGCUGGCUGCCUGCAAACUUGUACUCUGGUGCGCGAUAGCUCAAAGCAAGCGGGAGAACUAUGGCCCAGGCAAUGACGCCUUUAAAGAAGUUAAGGGAGGCAUUGGCCCAGGACAGGACGCGUCGGGACGCACGUGGCGCUCGUUCGAGAGGACAAGGUGGCAGCGUGACAAUUACAAAAGCGCCUACGCGCGUUUGCGCGUCCAGCACUGUGUCAGCGCGCAGAGGCAAGAAUCGAGACUUGGCGGAAAGCGGACCCUCUGGAUCAGCAGCCACGACUUCAAGCGACAUCUCGGCAUCUUCGGAAACAAGCGACUCAGAGUCUUCGGAUGAUUCAUCAACCACGGAUGACGACACAUGGGGCCUUGCCACCAGGGUCGCGCGAGGAGCAGCGCCGCGACGACGCGAACCCAACGAUGGCGAACUCCAGGCGUGUUACAUCUGUGGAAAAACCUUCCUGCUGAGGUCGUCCGUUCGACGACACAUAAGGGCUAAGCACACGGAUGAACGGCUGCGCCCGCAUUACAUCUGCGAAAGCAGGGACCUUGCCAUCAGCGCAGCGCGAGGAGCAGCUCCGCGACGACGCGAGCGCACCGAUGGCGAACUCCAGGCAUGUCACAUCUGUGGAAAGACCUUCCGCCUGACGUCGUCCGUCCGACGACACAUGAGGACUAAGCACACGGACGAAUUCCUGCGCCAGCAUUACACCUGCGAAAACAGGGACCUUGACGACAGCACAGCGCCAGCAACGGCACUACGACGCAAGCUCAAGGGCGAAGGACCCCACGUGUGUCACAUAUGUGAAAGGACCUUCGCCCGCAGGUCGUGCGUCCGACGACACAUGAUGACUAAGCACAUGGGCGAAAGGCCGUACCAGUGUCCCAUCUGCCAAAGGAGGUUCGCCCAGAAGGUGUCACUCACGCGGCACCAACAAACGCACGCGGGCGAAAAACUGCACGAGUGUCCCGAGUGCGGAGGCAAAUUCGCGUCCGAGAGGUACCUGCGCAGGCACCAGCUGACGCACACCGGCGCGAUGCCGUACGAAUGCCGCAUCUGUCCGGCCGCGUUCGCCAGGAAGGACACGUUGAACUGCCACCUGCUGACUCACACUGGAGAGCGACCGUACGAAUGCGAUGCGUGCGGCGCAAGAUUUUCCGACAAGGCGGCGCUCAGGCAUCACCGCCUCACUCACGCGCGUCGGCCCGUCGCCUCAGAUCACUCACGCUCGUCUGGAACUUCUUCACCCCUUAUCACCACACAGGAGGACGAUGACGAACAGAUGCAUGAGAAUGCCACUUACCACUGCCGUCCGUGCGGCAGGAACUUCGUUCGGAAGGAAACGCUCGCUAGCCACAUCGAACAACACGCGGGCUGAAAAGCUGCAUGCCUGCCGUUACUGUCCGGCAACGUUCGCUCAUAAGAGCCACCUGGACAGACACAAGCUGCAGCACUCGGGCAGGAAACCGUACGAAUGCAACGCAUGCGGUAUUAGGUUCACUCGGUCCUGGGCCCGGUCGCGUCACUUGCAAAAAGUGUGCGGUGCUAAGGAGAAAACUGCGACGCAGAACGAGGUAACUGGUGAGGCUUCGACAAGCGGUGGAGAGGCGCUCGCGGCGUCCGAAAGCGAAGGAAAGACCGGUUCAGGACUCGAUCGUUUCCAUUGUGAGGUGGCUGUCAAGGCUUCGCCAAGCAGCUGCCAGACGCCGCCACCAUCCGAAGGCAAGGAAGAGACCGGUUCAGGACUCGAUAGUUUCCAUUGUGAGGUGGUUGUCAAGGCAUCGCCGAGCAGCCGCCAGACGCCGCCACCAUCCGAAGGCGAGGAAGAGACCUGUUCACUAGUUGAUCCUUUGCGUUGUGAGGUGGCCGGGCAGGCUUCGCCGAGCGGCCGCCAGAUGCUGUCACCCUCUGAAGGCAACGAAAAGACAGGUUCAGGACAUGGUCCGUUACAUUAAUUUGUGAGCCGCCGCAGAAAAGAUAAACGGGCAUGUUGGUACAUCUUAACAUAAAAGGAUCACUAAGGACACGGGUCAGUGCAAUAAAUCGGAGCCGACGGGCGCAUUCUUCGAGGUGGUUGUCAAGGAGAUAGCUGUCGGUCCGUUCCUUUGUGGGCCAAAUGACGUAUUCUUCUUGGUGACGCGACUCGACGUACGAGCUCUUGAGCAGGCCGAAAGGAGUUAUGUUGACUAGUUGUGGACUUAUCGAUUGCCCAAAUCAUACCUGUAUCUGCAGGCUUAACGAAGCACUCUUUGUACCAAAAAUAGACACUGGACAGGAGCAGUCCUUCCUGUGUCUUUCUACCGCCGUGCGCUUCUUUAAGGGUAUGAACAGACCAGACAAGCAACUUCCUUUAAAAGGUACAGUCAACCACAAAAUAUUACGCAUCACGAAAUCUGAGAAAAAACUGAAUAUCUGCGCAGCCUCGCAACAUAACCUGGUAUUUGCAUUUUUUCGUAUACAGUUUUACUGGCUACUGCUACAGGCUGCUCGGGAAUUGAACGUUUUCUGAGGUCCCGUGGUCCAUAAACUUUUGUGGUUGACUGUACCUGUACCGCCCGACUACGUUAUGGAAUGUGUAUGAGAGUUACCUGGCACCGAAUACGUAUUCGAAAGAACGCUUAUUAUAUAAUGACCACCCCUUUUCUUUUGUUCAGGGAAAUGCGACAAAUACUAGCACAUCUUUCAUUUUAUUAUAUUGUUUUCGUGUCUUUAUUACAGAAAGAUAUGCUUACGUAGGUAUGUUUAGUGAAGCCCAGAUGAGCAAUAAAAUAUUUCAUUGGCAGAGUGUGGCUAUUUUCUCGAA